CAUGAGUGAAUGUAUCACGAAUUGAGUUAAAAACCAACCCUUCAAAAAUCAAAAUAGUGGAGAAAAGAAAGAGAAGUUUUUGCGAGUAGGAAUGAAUUUCAAAAUUCCCUGCUAACGUGGAGUCGCGCUACUGCUGAUGCAGAAUAGCAUCACUGCCUUGUUGUAACGCUCAUCUCCCAACUCUAAAUGGCCUCAUUUUCAUUGAAUUCACUUUCCAACUCCAAUCAACCCUAGUCUUCUUCCUCAAUUCCUCUCCAUUAAAAUCUCUUUGCCGCCGCUUGUUCGACAAUGGUGGCUCCAACUGGCGAUCAACCCAACAUCUCCUUCCCUGGCACGCUAGCUAGCAGUGCAUUCGCUGCUUGCUUUGCUGAGGUAUGUACCAUCCCUUUGGACACUGCCAAAGUUAGGCUGCAGCUUCAGAAGAAAGCAAUUGGAGAUGCAGUAGCUUUACCAAAAUAUAAAGGUAUGCUCGGUACAGUGGCAACUAUUGGCAGGGAAGAAGGGCUAGCUGCGCUAUGGAAAGGAAUCGUGCCAGGAUUGCAUCGUCAAUGCCUGUUUGGUGGUCUAAGGAUUGGGUUGUAUGAUCCGGUUAAGACAUUAUAUGUGGGUAAAGACCAUGUUGGCGAUGUUCCCUUGUCAAAAAAGAUACUUGCUGGACUUACCACCGGCGCUUUGGGAAUCAUGAUUGCUAAUCCAACUGACCUUGUAAAAGUUCGCCUUCAAGCUGAGGGGAAAUUGGAAUCCGGUGUGCCAAGGCGCUAUUCUGGAGCAUUAAAUGCCUACUCUACUAUUGUGAAGCAGGAAGGACUCAGGGCCUUAUGGACUGGCCUUGGGCCAAAUAUAGCACGAAAUGCCAUCAUAAAUGCCGCUGAACUGGCUAGUUAUGAUCAAGUGAAGCAGACCAUUUUGAGGAUACCUGGAUUCACCGACAAUGUUGUCACCCAUUUGCUAUCUGGUCUUGGAGCUGGAUUCGUUGCUGUCUGCAUUGGCUCACCUGUUGAUGUGGUUAAAUCCAGAAUGAUGGGAGAUUCUUCUGCGUACAAGAGUACACUUGAUUGCUUCAUCAAGACCUUAAAGAAUGAUGGUCCUCUUGCAUUUUACAAGGGCUUUAUUCCAAAUUUUGGACGCCUUGGAUCUUGGAAUGUCAUUAUGUUUUUGACUCUGGAACAGGCAAAGAAGGUUGUGAGGAAUUUGGAAUCAUCUUGAUGAAGUUAUGACUACAUUCUUUUUGAAAUCUGUGGAAACUGAUCAUUGAAAAUAAAGCCUUGUUGUAGCUGUUUGUAAAUGCUGCUAUAUUCAUCAUGUAUGGCAUACAAACAGAGGCGAACUGGUGCCGAAUCAUAAGUAGGAGAAGAGCAUACUUGAACACAGUUACAGGUCCCAAUUUGAUGGGGAUGUUGUCAUCUGCCAUCCUCUUCCCUGAUUAAAACAUUUAUUUUACACUUUCCUAGGCCUAAAAGCCCUGUAUUUUGUCUCAUAUCACAAUGACAUGUAUUCAUCAAUCAAUUUCAUUAUUUUUCCAGCAAUUUACUUCUGCUUUAUAGUUAUAUAUGAUUGACAAAGGUCAAUUUUCUUGGAAAUUGACUACUGGGCAGUCUUGGCUUAUCCAGUUGCCCAUGAUAUAAGCGCUUGAGUUGAUCUGUGUUCAGAUUUAAACAAUUCUGAAUUUUCUAA